AUGCCACACGCGCCGAGCACCGAAGCCGUCGCCGUCAACGGGACGAGCUCAAACCCAUUGAAACUGCAAAUACCGGAUCAUAACAAAAACGCAACAAACGGCAAUGGUGUAUUAUCUCCACCUAUCAAUGGAAAUGGGUCGAUUCCACCGAACUUCAACGGACCUCUGUCGCCACCUAUACUGGAUACAACGCCUAAGAAACCGCCUAAAGCUCCGCCAAGUAGACCCAUUUUGCCAGUAAAAAAAUCCAAGACACUGCCAAUUGACUUCGAUGAAAAAGUUCCGCCAAAACCAUCGUCUUCUAUUACAAAUGGCAAGAAACUUUUUGUAACGAAACCUCUAAAGGAGGUCCAUACAAUCACACAGCCUAACGGUGAUAAUGGACGAUGUUUAGUAAGCAGAUCUCCCAGCCCGGCCUACAGAAGAAGCAAUUCCACUGCUUCGGUGGAGACUGGCUCAAUAGCAGAACUUGCUAAACGACAUGUUCCUGUAAAUGUAUUAACGUCGAGGUCUCCUAGUCCACUAUCGUACAGUAGUGUUCGUAGUUCGGCAAGCCAAUACUCGACAUGCAGCAGCAAUGGAACCUUUGUGCCAUUAUCUCGUUCUUCUAGUAUGAACUCUACACUGUACAACAGAACUCCUACUCCAAGAAGAAUGUAUCCACAAACCUGUGAUAGUUCCGAACGCGUAGAUUUAAAAGAACUAAGUUCUCGAGAACAGGCUCCUGUUGUGUUUGAUGCUAAUAUGUCAUUUGUGCUCGGUUGUAAUAAACAGCCUAUCCGGCAAAAAUUCAAGCCAAUAGCAGCUCAUAUGGAAGAAGGAACGUCUUCCAAUUAUUUGAGCCACAAAAUCGACAGUUUUUUACAAAGAACUGACCAUGUUAUGGAUGAAUGGCGAAGAUUGGGACACAAAGAUGACUCUGACAUGAUGUUCGAUGGGAGAAAGAGGAGAGUCGGAAGAUCAAAAUCUGCGACGAACAUCAUGAUCAAGGGUUUCACAUUGUUCAGCCGGAGUGGCAGCCGAGCCAGCAGUGUUUGCCGAUCCAGCCGCGGGAUUUCGGAAGACAGAACGACUGUCUCCGAAAUGGACGAGCUAUCAGAAGUCGGUGGUGAGCUCGCAGAAGAACGGGCAGCAGCUGGACUGGCGACGGAACGUGCUGAUGCUGAAGCAGCCGAGAGACUGCGCGUCGAACGCGACAACCGGGACCUGCUUGCUAACAACCAACGAUUGCAGCAGGCCUCAGAACGAUUGGAGCUUGAGCUCCUGCACUGGCGUGCCGCUGACAGUGGUGGCGCCGAACCAUCAGACUCCGAAGGAUCAGAGGCUGAUGCCACAGCCUCUGGCGACAAAUACAAGCGAAGAUUCGAGAGGGCACACAGGGAGCUACAACUGCUCCGCGCUCAGCUGCGCAGACAGCACGAAGAUGACCUUGAGCAGCUCGUCACAGUCAAGAAGCAGUUGGAGAAAAAGGUCCAGGAUGCGUACGAAGAAGUGGAGGAACAGAGGGCUGUGGCUGCACAAUGGAAGCGCAAGCUGCAGAAGUUGACCAACGAUAUGGCUGACCUUCGGUCCUUGCUGGAUGAACAGACUUGUCGCAAUAACUUGCUGGAGAAACGUCAGCGUAAGUUUGACGGCGAGCUUCAAGCGGCUCAGGAAGAACUGAAACGCGAGCGCGGCGCCAAGGAGCGACUAUCGAGGGAACGAGACCAGGCACACGCUGAGAAAUACGCGCUGGAACAGAGCCUCUCUGAAGCUCGUCUGGAACUGGAGCUGAAAGAAGAACGGCUCGCUGCAGCGACCCGCGAGUUGGAAGAACGUGGUGGCGGAGGCGAUGAGCUGUCUGCUCUGCGCAGAUCCAAGACAGACCUCGAGCGACGCGUGCGAGAUCAGGAGGAGGAGCUCGAUGAACUGGCCGGGCAGAUACAGCUACUGGAGAGCUCCAAGCUCCGGCUAGAAAUGUUACUGGAGCAGCAACGCAAGGAGGCGAGGCUUGAGGCGGCCGCCAGGGACGAUGAGAUGGAGGAGACCCGGGCCAACGCCGCUAAGAAACUUAAGAUGCUGGAAUCCCAGCUAGAGAGCGAGCAUUCAGAGCGUAGCUUGCUACUGAGGGAACGACAUGAACUGGAGCGUCGCCUCGCCGCCCUCGAGGAAACUGCGCGAGCCGAGACCCACGACCAGCAACAACUUGUACAGAGGCUUAAGAGGGAUCUGAAGAGAUACCGCGCGUUACUCCGCGACGCUCAAACGAUGCUUGAACAAAAGGAAAAGGAGGGCGGCGCUAAGGCACAGAUUCGACAGCUGAAGAAUCAGGUGGAGGACUUAGAGCUAGCGGUGCGUGCAGCAACGAAGGCCCGUCAGACGGCGGAGGCGGAGGCGGCGGAGGCCAACGCGGCGCUGGAGGAGGCCAGCCGCGCCCGCGCCGACGCCGCCGACCGCGCCAUGGCCGCCGCCAGGGACGCCGCCGCCGCGCGCGCCCAGCUCGACGACGCUGAGGAGGAGGCCGCGGAGCUACUGAAGAAGUACCGUUCGAGUACGAGCGCGCUAUGCGCGGCGCAGGCGGAGGCGCGCGAGGCGUGCGCCCGCGCAGACGCCGCGGCCGAGGAGGCGCGCCUCGCGCGGGACAAGGUCAACGACCUCGCCGCCCGCCUCGCCAGCGCCGAGGCGGGCCACUCGCAUGGACACGCUGAGGCUGAGCGGCGACUCGAACUUAGGAAUAAGGAGUUAGAAUCCAGCCUAGAGCUGGAGGCGACAGCGCGCGGCAGACUGGAGGGCCAGCUGUCUCGCCUGCGCGAGGCCCACGAGCAGCUCGCCACCGAGCUCGCCCAGGCGCGAGCUAGGGAACAACAUGCCGCCGACGAACUGCGCAAGUUUACUAGACAACUAAGGGAACUUAAAGAAGAGAACAGCGCUCUGCACGGUAAGCUGAGUGAGGCCAACCGGGCCAAGGCGGCCGCGGAGUCUGCCGCGGCGGCCGCCUCCGCCGAGGCCUGCGCCGCGCGGGACGAGGCCCGCCUCGCUGCGCGCCGGGCCACUGCGCUGCAGGAGGCCAUCGCUGGGGACCUGUCCAGUCCUGGGGACUCCAGGGAUACUGACAGUGACAACGACAGCUACAGCUCGGACGAGUCAAUCGGCACCUUCCUGGCAAACCACAAACUCAGCCCCUCCGCGCCCUCCAGGAACAGCGUACAACUAGACACACAGAAAAAAGACUUCCAACUCUCGCGCGGUUUUACCCGCUACUUGUCUCCAUUUGACCGAAGCGUGAUGUUUUAUAGCCUACAGCACUCAAGAACAUUCGCACUCAUCCCAAUCAUCCGGAGGCCGCGAGAGUCGGUCCAGCGUCGGCUCAAGCAAGCAGAUGAGUCCCACGAAGGAAUCGUUCGCAUAACAGGAGGCGGGCGGCGCCGGCGCCGGCCUGCUGACGCGCGCGCUGCCCGCGCUCUGCGCCGUCUUCUGCGGGAACCAUGCCGCCGCGCCCGCGCCCCAUACCCUGCUACACUGAACGAUAACUCACGCCAAUCAUGA